CCAGGUGCAGAUUCGAGUGCCAGCUACAGACAGAUUGCUACGACAUUCAGAUGCUUGGGUAGCCAAAGUACGCAGGCAUGGCUGGAUCAAUUUCAUUCUUUGGCGACGGCUCGCUCCCUCUGCAUCCAACAUUCUCUCAGAUCCUUCAGGCUCGAACUCAACGUUCACUACUCUCCGUUUUCCUGCACAAAGCUAGGCUUGCACUUCAAGAUGAGAUCUCCCAAGUUCCGAUACCAGAUAGGAAGGGCAUGCCAGACUUGGCAGAGCUUGAAUGCUUGAUUCCCAAUCCUGCGGAGAAGCAGCCUCGCGAUCACCAGUGUCUGGCUCCUGCAAUGCUUGUUAUCAUUCAACUGGGGCAAUUCAUCAGUUGGUAUGAGAACCACCCUGAAGAACCUUAUCCCGGUCCAGAAUCAUCAUUCGUUGUUGGAUUGUGUGUAGGACAGUUGUCGGCUGUUGCGGUCAGCCUUGCUCGGAGUUUGGUGGAACUCCUCCCUCUUGCUAUCGAGUCUGUCCGCUUGGCGUUCCGAACUGGCCUCACUGCGACCAUGGUGAGAGACGAAUUGGAACAGGGGGAGAGCUCCGAGACAUGGGCAGUGCAGAGCUCCCGUGCUUUGGGGCUAGGUGAGGAUAAUCUACUCGACACCAUCCAUAAAGAAGAGGGUAUACCCGAACGCAAAAGAAGUUACAUUAGUGCUUCAUUCGGCAAAGCAUUCACACUCCAAGGCCCUCCUUCUACGCUCGAUAAGAUCGGCCAUUGGCUAAGUUCAAAUCGAAAGUCCUUACCACCAAACUCCUAUCAAAGACUUCCUAUUUAUACCCCAUACCAUGCACCGCACCUUUAUUCCGAAGAGGACAUCAAGCGUAUCCUGAAUUUCCCAGACACUGAUGACUCUAAAUAUGACCACACACCAUGGGAGACGACAAAGCUGCCUCUGGUAUCGCCAGUCACCGGGAAAUAUUACCAGGCAAACAGCACUCGCCAUUUGCUACAGUUGGUAAUGCACGACGUCCUCAAAGCGCCCAUCGAGUGGAGUAAUGUGACGGCAGGAUGCGCGGAUCAUGUCGCUGCACUGCAGCACGGAGAGUGGGUUGUGCGAGCAUAUGGUCCCACGCUUGCCGCUGGCAGCCUGGUAGCGACUUUGACGAAGGGUGCACAAGUAAAUGCCAUUCUGGAUGGGGCUUCUGCUGCGAAAGGUGCUUCCUACUGUGGUGUUCCGAUGAAUGAGCCUAUCGCCAUCGUGGGUAUGGCUGGUAGAUUUCCAGAAGCUGCGAGCCACGAUGAGCUUUGGAAUGUACUCGAAAAAGGCAUGGAUUGUGCCAAAGUCAUCCCUGCCGAUCGCUUCGAUAAAGACCUGUAUGUCAAGAAUGACGGUGCAGCUAGAAAUCCAGCUGGAACAUUGUACGGCUGCUUCAUCAAAGAGCCAGGAUUGUUCGAUGCCCGCUUUUUCAACAUGUCGCCACGCGAGGCUGAGCAGACCGACCCACAGCAACGCUUAGCACUGGUAACAGCGUACGAAGCCCUUGAAAUGUCAGGAUUCGUCCCAAAUCGGACUCCGUCAACACAACUUGAUCGUAUUGGCACAUAUUACGGUCAAACCGGGGACGAUUAUCGAGAAUGGAAUGCCUCUCAAGACGUCCAAACAUACUAUAUUUCCGGAAAUGAUCGUGCAUUCGGCCCAGGGCGUAUAAACCACCAUUUCAAAUUUGGAGGCCCAAGUAUGAGUAUCGACACAGCUUGUUCCUCAAGUGCUGUAGCUCUCAAUACAGCCUGCACUGCCUUGUGGGCCAAUGACUGCGACACAGCUGUGGUAGGCGGCAUGACCCUAUUCACCAGCGCUGACACUUUCUGCGGACUGAGUCGCGGUCACUUUUUGAACCACACUGGAAACUGCAAAACCUUUGAUGAUGCAGCUGAUGGUUAUUGUCGUGGCGAGGCUGUGGCAACCGUGGUCGUCAAACGUUUGUCAGACGCCAAGGCUGAUAACGACAACGUGCUGGCUGUUAUCCUGGCUGCUGGCACCAACUACUCGGCUGCCUCUUCUUCAAUCACUCAUCCACACGGACCGACACAAGAAACCCUGUAUAGGAGACUCUUGAAUGAUGCUGGCCUUCACCCGUUCGAUGUAGAUUACGUCGAGAUGCAUGGCACCGGCACACAAGCCGGAGACGCUGGCGAGAUGAGUUCUGUGAGCAAUGUGUUUGCCCCUGCUUCACCAGCUCGCCCACGGGAACAUCCUCUAUGGCUGGGGGCCGUCAAGUCCAAUAUUGCUCACGGAGAAUCGGCUUCUGGAGUCACCGCUCUCAUCAAAUCGCUACUGGUUUUACGCGAACAAACAAUUCCUCCACAUGUCGGUAUCAAGAGCGGUAACAUGAACCACACCUUCCCGGAUCUCCAGCAGCGCAAUAUCAAGAUAGCUUUGGGCGGGCCUGAAGCAUUUCCCUGCAAACAAGCACGGAGACGUAGACUCAUGGUCAACAACUUCGGUGCUGCCGGUGGUAACACCGCUCUGUUGCUUGAAGAAGCGCCCCUCCGCGUCACCAAUGUAGGUAUGGACCCAAGAGCCGACCAUAUUGUUGCAAUCUCAGCCAAGACACCAAAGUCGAUGAAAGGCAAUGCUAGAAGCUUGUUGGCAUAUCUGGAGAAGCACCCAGAAACCAGCUUGUCUGAUGUCUCAUAUACUACCACGGCUCGACGUAGUCAUUUCACUCAGAGACUGUCACUCAUGGCAUCAUCCAUAUCACAAUUGAAAUCACGGCUUGCGCAAGUUCUCGACACGGAUCCUACGAAAACGGGCAAGCCUUCAAAUAUCAUAUUCACAUUCACCGGUCAAGGAUCGCUCUAUGUUCCUCUCGCCAAAGAACUUUUUGAUUCCUCGAGGCAAUUCAAGUCCGAUAUUCUCCGGUUCAAUCAAAUAUGCCUAGAUUAUGGCUUUCCCAGUUUCAUGCCUGUUAUUGAGAGCGAAAAUGGUGACAUGGAAGGAUUGUCCCCUGCUCAGACCCAACUCGCUAUUGCGUCUGUGCAAAUGAGUCUUUUCCGCCUCUGGACCACAUGGGGCGUUGUUCCAGCAGCGGUUGUUGGGCACAGUCUGGGAGAGUACGCAGCGCUAUUUGCAGCUCGCGUACUCUCUGCCAAUGACACACUCUAUCUAGUUGGAAAGAGGGCUCUCCUCCUGGAGACAAUGUGUUCACAAGGAACCCAUUGCAUGCUUUCGGCUCACGCUGACCUGGCAUCGCUCAAGAAGCAUCUUGGAAAUCUCUUGAAUGAUCUUGAGGUUGCUUGUGUCAACGGACCAGAAGAUACUGUUCUCAGUGGACGAGUUGACAUUGUCGAGGAAGCUCGCAACAAGCUAAAAACACUCUCGGUCAAGUGUAUUGUUCUCAACACUCCGUACGCCUUCCAUUCGGCACAGGUUGACCCAAUCCUUGCCGAUUUUGAGGAAGCUGCACGCAGUGCUAGGUUUAUGACACCUCGAGUUCCUGUUCUGUCACCGCUUCUCGCAUCUGUGGUCAAGGAACACGAAGUGCUUACUCCUAACUACGUCUCAAGGCACGCUCGAGAAGCUGUGAACUUCUCUGCUGCAUUGAAGGCCGCACAGCAAGACGGCUUGGCUUGCAAACAAACAGUAUGGCUUGAGGUUGGGCCCAAGCCAAUUUGCCUGGGUAUGGUCAAGGCAACACUUGGAGACGACUGUCGUACCAUUUACUCUCUUCGUCAAAACGAGAAUUCUUGGACUAGUGCCGCGAAGGCUCUAGCUUCACUAUACGAAUGUGGUCACGAUAUCAACUGGAACGAAUACCACCGCGAUUUCGAGAGUGGGAAGAAUAUGCUUCAUAUUCCGACGUACUCCUUCGAGGAAAAGAACUACUGGAUUGCGUACAAGGAUGAUUGGGCUUUGAGAAAGGGCGAUGAUGUCUCAAAGCAGACUAGUAUCGCUCCUCAGACUCAAGCUGCUCAGAUAACCACUACGAUCCAUCGCCUGAUUUCACGAAAGCAGCAAGGUACCACUGUCUCAAUGGUCUAUGAGACAGAUCUUUCAGAUCCUCUUCUUUACAAAGUUAUUUCUGGGCACAAGAUUAACGGGUUGGCACUUUGCCCGGCGGGCGUCUAUGCGGAUAUGGCUCUCACGGUUGCUGACUUGUUCAGGAAAGAGUGCGCUUUUGAAGUUCCUACCACCGGGAUCAAUGUGACCAAUAUGACCAUCCUGGGCCCAGUCACCGUUCCGGUGCCUCGAGUCGCAAGUCCUCAACUUCUGCAAGUCAUAGCAAACGCAGAACUGGAGUCAGGAAAUAUUCAUAUCGAGUUCAAGACACAGUGCCCUCAAACGAAGAACUUCACCAUUCCAAAUGCCAAAUGUCAAGCAGUGUACGGCAGUGAUCAGGCAUGGCUGCACGACUGGUCAAGGUCUGCAUAUCUUGUGCGAAAGAGGAUUGAAGAUCUUGAACGUGGAGUGGCAACUGGCACAACCAACAAAAUGAAUAAGAAAAUGGCUUACCACCUCUUCUCUCAGCUCGUCGACUACAGCUCUGCAUACCAGGGCAUGCAGGAAGUCCUCGUGGACACUGAAGAGCUCGAAGCUGCUGCACUGGUCAAAUUCAAUGAAAGUCGAGAAAUCGGUGACAACUUCUUCGCCUCUCCUCUCGCAGUUGACAACCUGGCCCAGCUAGCAGGGUUCGUCAUGAACGGCAUCGGCGCAGGCGAUUCUAGCUCUGGCGUGUACAUCUCACACGGCUGGGGUUCACUUCGACUCUCGCUACCGCUAGAUGCUUCUAGACCUUACCGAGUACAUGUCAAAAUGCAACCACUGGAGAAGUCUGUGAUGGCAGGCAAUGUGUCAAUAUUCCAAGACCAGGUGAUGAUCGGCAUGAUUGGCGAUGUUAUGUUCCAAAAUGUGCCUCGGUCACUUCUCUCGACCAUGCUGAGCCCCCAUUCUUCGGUUGGGACUCGACAGUCUGCUGCUUCCCACAAGGCCAGUAAAUCGCCGGCACUAGGACAAAAGUCUGAAGCCGCGAUGCCUCGACAGGAGUCACCCUCGGCAAAGGCUCUUAAACGAGCAGAGGACACUCAAGCCAACCUAAUCUUGAGAGUCAUUGCCGAAGAGAUCGGUGUCGAUGCAUCAGAACUCAAGGAUGACAGUGGCUUUGCUAACCUCGGAGUGGACUCUCUACUUUCAUUGACCAUUAUUUCGAAGAUCAGAGAAGCUGUCGGGAUUGAGUUGCCACAGUCUACCUUUGCAGACUGUGAGACGGUAGGAGAUCUCAAGGCUUUACUCGGUGACACUGGGUCUGCGACUGACACCGCCUCCGAAUCUUCUCUUGAAACACCGCCAGAAUCUGGCAUUCAAACACCAUACCCCGUUGCGGAGACUUUGUCAAGCCCCGCCGACAACGACAUGAUCGAAGCUCUCCACAUGACCCUUGCUGAGCAAAUUGGGAUUGACGUAGAAGAGCUUGUUGCGACUGACGAUCUAUCGGCCCUAGGAGUGGAUUCCCUAAUGAGUCUCAGUAUCGUCGCUGCGCUUCGGGAGAAGAUGGGAAUAAAUGUGCCUCAGGAUAUGCUUGCCGAAAACACGUCCCUGAAAGGUAUCAAGGCAGCACUCGACCUUGUACCGUCACCAUCACUGCCAAUCCUGUCCAACCCGGUACCUUUGAGGUCAGAAGUUCGACCGCAUGCUGCCACCGGUAGCACUCGCACGGCAAAGUCAUUUUUGCUGCAAGGAAACCCACAGACUGCAUCGCAAACAAUUUUCCUCUUUCCCGACGGCAGCGGCUCGGCCACAUCCUACCGUCGACUUCCAGAGAUCGCAAAGGGAGCUUGUGUCUAUGCCAUUGAUAGCCCAUUUCUCAAGCACCCAACCGAGUACACCUGUUCCUUGUCCGAAGCCGCGUUACUGAUGGCGAAUGAAGUUCGCACUCGGCAAUCCUCCGGCCCCUACAUUCUGGCUGGUUGGUCCGCUGGUGGCAUGUACGCCUACGAAGCUGCCAGACACCUCAUUUCGGUCGGAGAAAUCGUCUCCAAACUUAUCCUCAUCGACUCUCCUUGCCGAACAGAUUACGGGCCCAUGCCCCAAGAUGUGCUCGACUACGUCUCUCGAUCGGGAGUGAUCGCGGGAGAAGGCGCGGCUACAGCGGCUCCAGAAUGGCUCGUCCGACAUUUCCAGUCGACCAUUCGGGCAGUUCAAGAGUAUACGCCGCAGGCAUUCGACGAGGAAAACUCGCCGUCCACGUACGUCAUCUGGGCGGCUCGGGGUGUUUUUGAAGAUUGGCCUCAAGCCGAACUCGCCGGUCUCGACCUCACCGACGCCGUGGCUGCUUGGUUGCUGAAGCCAAAGACCAGCCCAGGAGCCAAUGGGUGGGACAAGCUGCUCUCGGCCAAGAAGAUGAAAUGUUCUUCGGUGAAUGGCAAUCAUUUCAAUAUGGUUCACCCUCCCAACUGCGCUUCUCUCAGUCGGGCUAUCGCAGGUGCCGUCGGUGAGGACGAUGCUGUAGAAUGGACUCGUGCUUAGCCUGGUUGUGGUCGGUGUCUUUUCUUCUCGGUCGACGCUGGACUUACUUAGGCUGACUACCAGGUUGAAAAGGGGUCAUGUCAUCGGGCAUCUCUCUUUCCGGUUGGCUAGACAAGGAGUGCAUUGAAUUGUUUAGGUACAGGAUCUAUUUCUCUGUUUAUACGUAGAUGGUGGGAAAGGACCUGAUGGUUUGGUGUUCGUUGGUAGAUUUUCUGUUCAAUGGCAUAUCUUGUUUCGAAGCA